AAAAAUUCUUAUACUGUUUUAUCUGUUAUCGGAACUUUAGAAUCAUUUUUCCCAUACCUACUUUGGUGGGAGAUCGAUUUUAGACCACCAAAUUUCUAAAAUGUUAACUAGCUCUUUGAUUCCGAUCUUAUCUUCACUUAUAAUAUAAAAAUACACGUGCAAGCAAGACAAGGACUUAUUAGAACAUGAAGCCCAAAGUCGGUCAUAUUAGGAAUCUUUGGGUGCAAGAGCAGCCAGCUUAUUAAUGUGGUGGGCUUGACCAUGCCUAAUCCGCUAUAACAGCUCCCUUUUCAAUAGCAAUGUCAAUAGAGAGCCUGGAAGAUCGUUGAAAUCAGUUGUGAUGUUGAUGGUGACAAAGUUGAAUUCAGUUUUGCAUGCGGGAAUCUCGUGCACAGAUAUAUACAAAUAGAGUUGACCAAGCAAAGGAGAAGACCAAUUAAGCUCAUCGUUAUUCAUUACCACAUAAAAGAAACAGGGAGAGAGCUCUCCGGCAACGCUAUGAUGCCAAUACUAAACGAGAAAUCACUCUUACACACGGAGAAUUUGACACCCCCUUCGGUUGUAGUGCUGACUGCAAACAUGGGAUGUAAACGUUGUCGGCAAAGAGUCUCCCAAGUUGCUUCUAAAAUGACCGGAUUAAAAGAGUAUACAGUUGAUGUGCACAAUAGACAGGUGAUUAUGAAGGCAGAUUUGGGACUUCAUUGGAAAGUGGAAAAUGAUCCCCUUAAUAAGAGAGAGAUGAACCAAGAGUGUCGUCCAUUAACUUACCUUCUCAAAACUUUCAGAUCAACUUGCUUUGGCAACCAUUUGGCUGAUCAAACAUAAACGUGUAUAGUGUAUAGUCUAUCAUCUAGGUACCAUAUGCUGAAGAAUUUAAUUUGUUACACUAUCUGAUGGCCAUCAUAAUCUACACCAGAAGCGGUAUAUGUCAAACUUUUUUUAAUUCGAAGUUGGAAACUUGGAACUUGUAAUUUGGUUUUGUAAAAUGACUUCAAUUAGAGUGAAAAAUGACACAAUGCAUUAAAAGGCUAAUGAGCUUUUGCGUGGUUGGGCUGGAAAGUUAUUUUAUUAUUUUCAGCUUCAAUAAGCCCAUGUACA